CUUCCGGUUUAGUUGUUGGUUUCAACACUGGGUGACAUUUAUUCGCAAAGCAGUGGGAAAAUGGCAGUUACUGCCGUACAUUUAGACUCAGACGCCUUCAUGGUGUGCCUGGCGCAUGCUCUGUCCACGGAGAGGGAAGAAGUAAUGGGGUUACUGAUGGGAGAGACUUGCACAUAUGGAUGUGUUUUUAUCAGUGUUAUACAAUAUAUGCUGUACAUAUUUAUUCUUAACUGUUACUACAGACUUGCUCAUGAACUGCAGAGACCUAUCAGGGUUCUUGGCUGGUAUCACUCUCAUCCUCACAUCACUGUGUGGCCGUCACAUGUGGACGUCCGAACACAGGCCAUGUACCAAAUGCUUGAUGAGGGCUUCAUUGGGCUUAUAUUUUCAGUAUUCAAUGAGGAAAAGAAUACAAAGUCCAAUCGUGUGCAGUUAUGCUGCUUUCAGUCUAUAAACCAAAGCCCUGAAGGAGAGGCACCCCAGUAUUUAAAAUUAGAAAUCCCUGUCCAUGUGGUGCAGACCCAUACUCUGGGUAAGGCAUGUUUACAGUCACUGGUAGAACUACCCCAUAUACUGAGUCAAGAGGAGGAAGAGUCGUAUGGAAAGACUUUGACUAUAGACAACUUAGACCUGCUCACCAAAAUACACAACAGUGCUGUGUACACCAAGUCACUAUGCCGAAUCAUGGACGUCAUGUCCGGACCUCUGAUACAAACUCUGGAAGCUCAGCUGGAAAGAAAUAAAACUAAGAUUAUACAACUUCAAAACGAAAAGGAAUCUCUUUUACAGAAACUGAACAGAAAAUCGAGAAGUCCACAUAGCCCAUCAAAAGUGACAAGUGUAUAGCAGAUUUUUAAUGUACAAUUUAGAAUUUAAUACCGCAGAUUUUUAUAAUACGGCAACCGGAAGUAUAAUACUGAUGAGGAAAUUAAUGAGCACAUUAAUCAUUAGCCAUUUGGCUUGGUUGACUGUUGUGAAUGUGUUCAAAGUUGCACAUGUAACGCAUUGCUGAUCUGCAGUGUACUUGUGGUCAGCGUGCUGCCGAGUGAACGGUUUCAAAAUCUUGCUAUAUACUAGGAUAUGAGUUAUUUACAAUAAAAACAAACGGAAAAGAAA